UUUCCCGGCAGCCUUGCGGGUCCCCCCUCCCUUUCUCGCGCCUUCCCUCUUGUCUCACCUCAAGUUGCUAUCGGUGUUGUUUUUGAAGCUAUGAUGGCGGCAGCGGGAUGCGGAUCAGCAACCGCGGCUGCCAUAGGAGGCCAAGUUGGUACUGCUGCACCCCGAGGUCGCUUCCCUGGUCGGCCAUGGUCGUCUCGCAGCCGCUUGCGUUCUGAGAAGCGAUGGCAACUCGACCGAUCAGGGGCAGAAGCUGACGAUGUGACUAAUGCUGGAGGCCCAAGGCCCACAAGCCUGGUUCUCUCGUUAAACGAGGACCAGUCUCACUUGCGCUUACUUGGGAUAGAGUCGAACCACAAGAGCUUAGCAGAGGCUGGGUACAGCUCAAGUGGGAGCGAAGAGGUGAGAGCCCAAAUCGCUGCUGGAGGAGAUGAUUUCACAGGAUUUGAAUCUGAUCGUAAAGGAUAUAAAGGCCCCAUACGGUCCAGACAUAAUCCCUCCAAAAGUGAUCCUGUCCAAACAAAAUCAAAAAGGAUACGAGAGAAGCCACCCCUUGUAGUCACCCCAAAGGAGACAGAUGAGUCUCCCACUCCUGAAGAAGAUGCACGAUCUUCACAAGAAAUCCACUGUGCAAUUUCUCCAGAUGCAGUGCCUUCCAAUGAUGGUAGGAAGGGUUCAAAAAACAAGCACUCAAACCCAGCAAAGGAGAGGCGUCCUGCGAAAAACGGGGCAGCUUUAACUCCAAGGAUUACCAUCAAGUUGGUGGCCAAGAAGACGGUGCGAAAGGAAAAGGGAGGACGUAUAAAAUCUGUGGAGAAGCUGAAGGUAAAAGGAUUACAUUUUCAAUCAAAGGCUAAUGACGUCAAAGGUGACCAGAUCUCCAGUGCCCAUGUCAAAUUAAAGACCGAGGCACAGCAUCUGAAUGGCACUGAGGAUGAGGGAGGCGGAGGAGCCAUACCGGCAAGGAGGCGUGGUAGAUCUGCCUCCAAGAUCACUGAACCCUGUGUUCAAAGGGGGGCCAAAGUUGGGGAUGUUGAUGACCAAAAAUCAGAGGGGGGUAUAAAAUCAACAGGCAAACAGGACAUUGCACUGGAAAGUGGAAAUGCGGAGCCAAAAACGGACAUUAAGAAAUUCAAACGGAAAGAAAGAACCACAGAGGUAAGCACUGAAGUCAAUAAACUGGUGAUCCGGAGAAGAAAUCGAACUACUAAUCCAUCCUCCGAAACACAUGAAGGCCUUGUAACAGAAUUAAAAAACCAGAGCAAUGACAAAGUAUGUCUGGCAGAGUCAUUGUUAGAGGUUUCAAGAAUAGAGGAAGCCAAAACACCACCCAGAAAGAGUAGGCGUAAACAAAGCAAGGCACAUCAAGGAGAGAAGAUUUUCACAGAAAUCCAUGUUCCGUUAGCCACAGAACCUGAAAAGCCAAUUGUUGAAUCCAAUGACGGUCUGGCUUUUAAAAAUGAUGAUGACAUAAUCGGGAUUCCAAGUUUUAAGCUGAUUAAAAUCAGAAACCCCAAAUUGGAAGGCUCAUCUCGGACUGACAGUAAGGGCUCCUCUCGUAAGAAGAAACGAAGCAAGUUUGUGUGGACACUUACAUUGGUUAAGGGGAAAAGAAAGGACACCCAAGUGCAGGCCUCUGGAAAUACUGUCAAAGGAACAGAGAAGCAGCGGAAUAACACUGAAUUAGACAAUGCCUCUCUUUUUGAACCCAGUGUGAUCAAGAAUGUUGAGAACCCUGAAGAGAAAGAGGCCACGAGUUGUACCACUUCCAAAGAUGCUGAGCACACACAUAAUGAGAAGUCUUCCAAUAAGAAGAUUAAGGAGGCUUUGUCUCUUGAGGAAAAGUCAUUUCUUCAUGUUGAGGUGGGACAGGGAACGCAACCACAUCCAGAGGAGGCCACUCAAACUGACUGUGGUAAUACUGUGGCAAUGGUUGUUCCACCCCUUCAGAUAAAAAAGGUCUCCUCACCCGGUAAACCUAAACGCUCAAAACCAUCAUUCCUGAUCCAUCAAACUACUCCUGCGCCUGAAGAAAAAAAGAUAGUGGUAAUCACAAAAGAUUCAAGUGAAAUUCUGGAGGAAAAAAUGUCUUUAUCAGACACAAAUGCUGUGCCAACUCCCAAAGCAAGGAGGAGAAGACUGGCGAAGAUGUCUACACCACGGAAGAAGCGUGGAAGUCAUAAACCCUGGACAACCCACAAACACAAGCUUCAAACAAGUCCAAAUGUGGAACAUCCAUCUGAUGAACUUUCCAGUGAAGCAGAACCACAGACCAAUGAGGUUUUGAAGACUGAGGUUUCCACAUUGUCUGUUUCUAAACCUAGAAGGAGAAGAAGUUUGAGUGUUUCAGUUAGAAAGAGGCCAGGGAAGACGCAGAUGUUACCUGAACCCACUGAAUCUCCAAACACAGAGUUAGCCCCAUCUGAACCACAGACCGAGGUCUCCACAUUGUCUGUUGUCUCUAAACCUAGGAGAAGAAGUUCUAACCUUUCAAUUAGAAAGAAGUCAAGGAAGACACCAUCUGAAACUGCAAACACAGAGAUGGCCCCAUCUGAACCACAGACAGAGGAGGCCUGUAAGUUGUCUGUUGUCUCUAAACCUAGGAGAAGAACAUCUAGCCUUUCAAUAAGAAAGAAGUCAAAGACACCAACAUCUGGAACUCUCAACACCGAGAUGGCCCCGUCUGAACCACAGACAGAGGAGGCCUGUAAGUUGUCUGUUGUCUCUAAACCUAGGAGAAGAACAUCUAGCCUUUCAAUAAGAAAGAAGUCAAAGACACCAACAUCUGAAACUCCAACCACCGAGACUGCCCGAUCUGAACAGCAGACAGAGGAGAUCUCCACAUUGCCUGUUGUCUCUAAAUCUAGGAGGAGAAGAAAUUCUAGCCUUUCAAUUAGAAAGAAGUCAAAGACACCAAUAUCAUCUGAAGCUCCAAACACCGAGAUGGCCCCAUCUGAACAGCAGACAGAGGAGAUCUCCACAUUGUCUCUUGUCUCUGAACCUAGGAGAAGAACUUCUAGCCUUUCAAUUAGAAAGAAGUCAAAGACACCAAGAUCUGAAACUCCAACCACCGAGACGGCCCGAUCUGAACAGCAGACAGAGGAGAUCUCCACAUUGUCUGUUGUCUCUAAAUCUAGAAGGAGAAUACAUUCUAGCCUCUCAAUUAGAAAGAAGUCAAAGACACCAAGACCUGAAACUCCAACCACCGAGACGGCCCUAUCUGAACAGCAGACAGAGGAGAUCUCCACAUUGUCUGUUGUCUCUAAAUCUAGAAGGAGAAGAAAUUCUAGCCUUUCAAUUAGAAAGAAGUCAAAGACACCAACAUCAUCUGAAGCUCCAAACACCGAGAUGGCCCCAUCUGAACAGCAGACAGAGGAGAUCUCCACAUUGUCUCUUGUCUCUGAACCUAGGAGAAGAACUUCUAGCCUUUUGAUUAGAAAGAAGUCAAAGACACCAACAUCUGAAACUCCAAACAUAGAAUUAGCCCAAUCUGAACCUGUGACUUUGGCUGACACUCAACCAGUGGUAAAGGUGGAGCCAGAGACCCAGCCAAUAGGGAGUGGAAAGGUGCUGCUUUUGGAGCCCUCUGUUAUUGAAAAGACAGAACGAAGCCGUCAUAGAAGUCUGUUCAAACAUGGCAAAAAGAAGCGAAGAGCCUUGAUUGGACAGAGGCAGAAACAAAGGCAGAGGCCAGAAGGGAGCACGAGUGAUGAGAGUAAAUUACCUGAAAGUAAGGUACCUGAAGCUGUUGAAGAGGUGGACCUAAAGGAAGUUUAUUCCCCAGAGGCUGCUUCCACACUGGCAAGCUCUAAACCCAUUGGUAUCCUCAAGACCAAGAACAGAAGGAAAAAGGUCCCCAAUUCAAGCCUUCAGUUCCUUGGUAGCAAAAGACCAAGAGCCAGGCCUAAAACUCUAUCUAAGCAGGUAGAAAUUGAUCUCGCCCAGCAAAUUUUGGAGGAGCAGGAUAUACAAGACACUGUGGAUGAUGAACCACAGUCUGAUGCUUUUGAUGACCAGCAUGGUAAAUCAAAGUACCUUAAAAACAUAAAGCACUUCAUCAUGCCUGUUGUCAGUGCCCGGUCCUCACGGGUGAUCAAGACUCCACAGAGGUUUAUGGAUGAUGCUGGCAUGUCUGUUUUGCCUCGUAGAAACUCCCCGAAGAAAGGCCAACUAUUCGGCUUACACCCACGCACUGGAAGGAAACGAGAAGAUGGCACAGGUAGAGAGCUUACUCCUGAUCUGCCUAUCGACGAUGAAGAAUUUCUGAAUGAGGCGCAGUUAGAUGUCGAUUUGUUCUCAACUCAGGAACUCGAAAAGGAAACCACUGACAUGAGUGACGGCUUAUCCCCCGGAAAGCAAUUUGGAAAGAGGAGGUCCCUUUUGAGGAAUCCCAGUUUCAAGUGGCAUGUGCCAGGAGAGUCUGGUGAGGAAGUAUAUACGCUGGACAAAACUCUUCAGAGCGAGUAUGAGACUUUACUUUUAUCCAAAGAAAUCCAAAUUGCUUCUGACCCAUCAACCGAUCCCCAGGAGGUUCAGAAAAAGAAAAGGUGCUACAAGUUCAACAAGCAAACAUCUCACCUAAAUAUGUACAAGCGACUGAAGAAGCUGCAACCAGGACUUCCCAAAAAGAGAAGAAAAAACGUGAUGACAGAUGGUGUUUGCAAUACUCUUCAAUCUUCUGUUCAUAUGCUAGCGGAAGGUCUGGAUGAUGAAGUCAAGAGCAUUUGUCUAAAGAAACGUCCCACAAUCACAGCUCCAAGCAAACCCAAAUCAAAGCAAGGCAAAUCCAAGCUCAAGAUUGAGGACCUUGAUAGCCCUGGGGUUGUGCGAAAAGUCUCUGUGUGUGUUCGGACUAUGAACUCAAACUUCUUAACAUUUCAAUAUGGAGAACAUGAGGAGUUGACAGAGGAAGACAAAACAAAUGCUGAAAAUGUUAUUGCAGAAGCAGGAAAGGUUGAGCCACAGGAACUGCAUCUGGACACGAUCGCUGAGGCUGACCGUGCUGCUGCUGAGGAGAAAGGAGCCACCCAGAGAGUUUGCCUCACAGGGGCCAAUAAGAGGAUGUUCAAUCUGCUCAAGAAAGCCAAGGUCCAGCUCAACAAGAUCGACCAGCAAAAGCAACUCAAGUCUUCAGGGCUUCUAUCAGGGCCUGCUGGCUCCAGAGAUGCAGCAGGGAAGAGACAAAGGAGGAAACCGAAAGAGCAGCUUGAGCCUGCUGCCUCAAACAUGACUGACCCUCCCCUGUCACAGGAGUUCCGCAGAGCGGGGGGUCCACGCAUCAAACACGUGUGCCGUGCAGCAGCUGUGGUGUUGGGCCAGCCUCGUGCACUGGUGCCCGAUGACAUGAUCCCCAGACUCAGUGCUCUGCCACUGCAUGAGAGAACUGGCAUAUCUCCCUCUGGCAAGAACCAAGGUGGUCGGUCUCCCUCUGGGCCAGACAGCCCUGGGCUGCCGGACCAGAAGGUUACCAAGGUCAGGAAGUCGGGAGCUGGUUUUGCUAAACAAAAGAGCCUUGGACCAUUCGGGCUCCGCUCUCGGAGGUGUGGGAUCUGCAAGGGCUGCAACCAUGAGGAGGACUGUGGCGAGUGCAUGAACUGCCUGGACAAACCCAAGUUUGGAGGGCCCAAUACGAAGCGACAGUGCUGCGUAUAUAAAAGAUGCGAUCAGAUUGAAGACAGAAAGGCACGUCGCCUGAGUGGCAAGUUUCCUAGAGGUCCUGGGAAGCGCAGGCGGCACUCCCUCAGCGUGGGUCAGUCUAGCAAUGAGGAAGUUGAUGGGAUGGAGAUGGGGGACAGCCAGAGCCCAUCUGUGAGGAAGCAGCCGCGGCGUUGUGUGAAGCCGCGCUCCUACUUUGACCUGCUGGACUAUGACUCCGACCUGGAGAUCACUGUGGGUUCCAACUCUGCCUCCCCCGGCCGGAGGAGAGGCCCCGGCCCACGCAGCCAAGACUUUGUCUCUCUGGAUGGAUUCCUGGGAGACCUGUCAGACGACGGUGUGAGACAUCGCCGACUGCACCACCGAGUCCCUCCUGGUCGCCGUAAAACUGACAAGCAGUCCCACCCUUCACAGGCACAGCAGAAGCAGACCGGCCCGUUGAGCGGUGGUGUCUACAGCUGGCUGGACGAUGACUACCAGGGAGAGAGAGAGUCAGAGGGGUUGUCGGCGGAGCAGCUACUUGCACAGAUGACUCAGUCCCCCCCACACCCACAGCCAGACCUGGAGCUAUCCUCCUCCUACCCCAAGGACCAAGGGUCUCCCCACCCCUGGCGCCUGCUAUCCCACACUGGGGCCACUCCGGGGUGGCCAAGGGCCAGGGUAGGGGGUGAGAGGGGAAGGAUGUUGGUGGAGGCGGGGUGGGGACGAGCCCGUUUUCAUCCUCCGUCAUAUUUUUCCCAGAAUCCUCUGGAACAGACGCCACCCAGCGUCCUGGCCGCCCUGGCCAAUGGAUUCGACCAGAGGGAGAGGGAGCCCUCCGAGCCUACGCACAAGAUCGGCGUGGACUUCAAGGAGGACUGUGACCUCCAGAACGUGUGGAUGAUGGGAGGCCUGAGUAUCCUGACCUCUGUACCCAUCAUGCCCCCCUGUGUCUGCCUGCUGUGUGCCAGUAAAGGACAACAAGAGCAAAUGCUGUACUGCCAGGUGUGCUGUGAGCCAUUCCACCGGUUUUGCCUUGAGCCAACGGAGCGGCCCUCUGAGGAGAACAAGGAGAACUGGUGCUGUCGUCGCUGCAAGUGCUGCCAUAUAUGUGGUAGAAAAAACAAGCACUCCAAGCCUCUGCUGGAGUGUGACAGAUGUCAGAACUGUUAUCACCCUUCAUGCCUGGGGCCUAACUACCCCAAACCCAACAGGAGGAGGAAGGCCUGGGUGUGUAUGACGUGCAUCAGGUGUAAAAGCUGUGGGGUUACACCAGGGAAGAGUUGGGACACCGAGUGGAACCACGAUAAAGGACUCUGUCCAGACUGCACCAAGCUCCACGACCAAGGCAACUACUGUCCGAUCUGCUUCAAGUGCUAUGAGGACAGUGACUACGACAGUCAGAUGAUGCAGUGUGCCACCUGUAACCACUGGGUCCAUGCCAAGUGUGAGGACCUGACAGGUGACCUGUAUGAGAUUCUGUCCAGCCUGCCAGAGAGUGUGGCGUAUUCCUGCCGGCCCUGCAGCCAGUCCCAGCCCAGCCCCUGGAGAGAGCUGCUCCACAUGGAGCUGAGGGCCGGGGUAGAGAAGGUGCUGGCCUGCCUGCUCACCUCCACUCUCACCCAGCACCUCAUUGCCUGCUCACAGUGUGUGACCCAGGUUGUCUCUGACAGUGGAGUGGAGGGCCUGCCAGCCUGUGACCUCCGUGCUGUGGGCAAGAAGUUUGACAAAGGCCUCUACACCACCCUGAAAUCAUUCCAUGAAGAUGUGGUGCAAGUGGUGCGGAGGCGUCUGGACCAGGAGGAGUCUCUCCCGGAGGAUGAAAGGCCCACAGCCGUGGCCCGCUCCUACUACUUGAAGCUUCUGGAGGAGGUAUUCAACUGGUUCAACAGCCAGGACCCCAAAGUGUGGGACCCCCGAUCCAAAGACCUGCCUAUUGGGAUGCUGUCCCAUGCGGUUCAGCCCCCCACCACUGAGCAUGUGUACGCUCAGUGGCGUGAGAGGGAGGAGUUAAGGUCCAGGACCCCUCUGGGGACCCUGCAGACAGAGAACGUACUACGCCUGGAGGUGAAACAAGAAGAGGUGCCUCACCCCACCACCCCACUGACCACAGAGCCAACCAGGGGCCUCCACUUCAGGAAAAACAGGGCUUUCAGGCUUAAUAAACUUAAAGGGAAAAGGGGAAGAGCCGGACGGCAAUCCAUGUCUGAGGGAUGGCCAUCCAAGUCUGAGGGACGGUUGUCCAACGCUGACCUAGACACAGGGUGGUCCAAGGACGACGGGAGGCAAUGCUCACUGUGCCAAAAGUAUGGAGAUGCCAAGUCCAAUGAGGCGGGCAGGCUGCUGUACCUGGGCCAGAACGAAUGGGCUCACAUCAACUGCUCCAUGUGGUCCGCCGAGGUGUUCGAGGAGGACAAUGGUUCUCUGAUGCACGUGCACAGUGCCGUUGCUAGGGGGCGCUUCAUGCGCUGUGAGCGCUGUAACCAUACAGGUGCCACAGUGGGCUGCUGUCUGACCUCCUGCCAGAGCAACUACCACUUCAUGUGUGCCCGCUCCCGCAACUGUGUAUUCCAGGACGACAAGAAGGUCUACUGCUACAAACACAGAGACCUCAUCAGUGGCAAGAUCAUCACCGGCCAAGGGUUUGAGGUGAAUCGGAGGAUGUACGUGGACUUUGAUGGGGUCAGUCUUCGCAGGAAGUUCUUGACCGGACUGGAGCCAGAAAACAUCAAUUUGAUGAUUGGCUCUUUGCAGAUUGAAAAGCUAGGUAUGCUGACUGAGCUGUCUGCAAAGCAAGGAAAACUUUUCCCAGUGGGUUACCGGUGUUCUCGCUGGUACUGGAGCACGGUGAACCCACUGCGGCGAUGCAAAUACACGUGUACGAUCCGUGAGGUCCGCCCUCCGGUCCCUGAGAAACCUGCUGAAGAGAUGCCUGACAAAGGAGAGAAUAGCACUAUAGCACACAGCCCCUGCGCCCAGUCAGAAUCUGAUGCCCAAGAGGUUGACGUGGCACAUUCCCGACCCACUACUCCCAGCUUCUCAGCUCCACUCCCUAAACCUGACCAAGGGGCAAGGCCCAAAAUCAGGAGACCAGCUGGAGGACUGUUCCGGCCUCUGCCCUCCCCAGGAGCUACCAAGUCCAAACCCCACCACAUCCUGACCAUCAGUGACCUGGAGGAGACACGCAGGCCCCGUCGCCACAGCCCCCACUCCCAAACCCGCAGGGACAUGUCCUCCCCACCCCUAGGCUCUCCAACUGGUUCUGGACUAAUCACUCUCCGCACUGGGGGCUCCAUGCAUCCCAAGGCCUCCGUGCCCACCUCUCCGCUGUUUCCCCUAGGGGCUACUGAUAUCCUGCUGACCUCUCCCUCUACCCGCCCUGUCAGAGGUCGAAGUGCUUCCUCUGCCCGAUGCCCCGGGAACAUGACUCACUCUACCUCAGGACUCUUUCCCCAGCCACCAUGGGAAGACAGUGUGGGCAGCUUCCCUUCCCCUGGCCUGUCCCUCUCCCCCACCAUCCAGCACUCUCCUAGACCCAGGCUGUCUUUCGACCUGAACCAGUCAGACUCAGUGGAGGUACCACACAACUUCCUGGCCUCCCCAGAACCGGAGGAUAACCCUGCACCUAACAGCACCUCACCACUUAGGGGCUCUUUCACACAAUUCCGCGAGGACUCUGACGUGGCCAUGGGCUCCGAGUUGAAGACUGAGCUUGAGAUUGAGGAGAUGCUAGUGAAUGAGGGAGUGGCCAUGAACUGUGGUGCCCAGAUAGACGUGGAGGGUGACGACAACCAAGAGGAGUUCUGGGAGCCAGAGGUUCGCAAGAGGAAGACACGUCCAGCCCUAACCCGCUCAGCUGCGUCUGCCAGGCAAGACUGGGGGAACACUUCCUCCGAUGAGGACAUGGAGCACUAUUUUGACUUCUCGCGGACUGUGGUCAGUCGCACAGGCUCCAGGGACCCAACCCAGGCUCCUGCCUCUCCCUCUUCAAGAUCUAUCCCUCAACUGGAUGGCGUGGACGAUGGGACGGAGAGUGAUGCCAGCGUGACAACCACGGACGGGGCUCAGAAACUGAAGAGCGCCAGUCAAGUUCAGAACCCAGCUCAAAUGCAUGUUCCGUCUGAAGUAGAAAUGACGACAAAUGGUCUAAGUGCAGACUCUGGAAGCCCUGUCUCAGAUCAGUCGCCCCUUAGCAACCCUCUCAAAUCUUCAACCAGAGUUGUCCUCCCCUCUACAAAACCUCCCCCAGCGUAUAUACCCCAGGAUCCAUCCAAAGCCUUUAAUGCCGCACAACUGGCUGGGACUGACUUGGACAGUGUGACCCUUGCGCCAAUUGAGAUCUCACCAGAAGCUCCAAGACCAGCUGCAGUGGACCCAUCCACAACAAACAGCCCUUCUGAUGUGAAUACUACUCCCCUGCAGUUAUACACCUUCCCAACUCCUCUUGAACAACAAAACUCAAUCCCCACCUUAGAAGCCCAGGAACCAGUGCCGCUUGCACCCCUUCUAGGAACUCUGCCGGACUUUGUCCAUACUAAGGUGCCUGAUACAGUCUACCCAGAGGAUUUAUUCCAAGAUUCUGGUCUAGACUUCGCCCCUGAGGCUCCACUUGUUCUUGAAAGGUGUGAUCCUCCCUCCCCCAGCACCUGUUUCACUGAACUGGUCCCUGUCCAGGUUGAUGCUCCCAUGGAAACCCAUCAGCCUCAAGCUCCAAAAGACCUCUUCUUGGAUUCUAACAGCGGCCACUUUGUAUUGCCCACAGAUGGAUCUGCCAUUUACAUGAAUCACUUGACCGAGAGUUCUGGAGAUCUCUCGUUGAGCAGUAGUCAGGGCACCCUGUUGGAGCUUCUUCAACCCUCUUCUCUUAUCUCCUCGGACUUCCCUAACCCCAGCAUAGCACAGAUGAACCCUUUACAAAUGAGUCCCUCUGUGCAGUCCUCUUUGCCUUGCUUUAACCCUUCAAGGCCACCUCUCACUAGCAUCUCACUACAACCCCUGACAUCCUCCCAAGGGUCAACAGUCUUGCCACCCAUGGAGACCUUUUGUACCAAAUUAUCAGCACCUAUUCCAGGCAGUGCCCUUCCACAUUUGUCCUCUCAAAUUGAUCCCAUUUUGUCUGCAACAUCAAGUGUCAGUCUCCCAACUUAUGGAUCAGUCUCUCUGCCUAUAUUCUCCACACAAUCCCAGGCCAUGGUCUCCACAGCAAUUACCAUUGUAUCCUCCUCUCCUUCUGUAUGUUCUCUCUCCAAUGCUCUAUCCACCCAGUGUCACCCCAUGCUCUCUUCACUUCAGCCCUCCUCUGCCCCUGUGAUGAUUAACGGAUACAGCUCCACGUCUCUGCAGAAGGAAGCUGCCAUGGGACACACCAUCUCCAUCAACUUCUCUACCCCCAGGCCGCCACUGGAGCCCCAACAGCCGCUGUUACCUCAGGGACUACCUGGCCACGCUAUCCUUACUGUGAAGGAAGUGGGUGGUCCCAACGUGGACCCUACACCUCACGUUCUGCUGGUCAACCGCCUGGGCCAGAUCUUUGUGAAGAACCCAGAGAGCAACACCUUCCAGCUGCCCAGUCAGAGUUCUCCCUCCUAUAAUUGUGUCACUCAGAUAGCCAGCCUCCUUCAGAGCAAUGCGCUGUCUGCCACCUUGGCAGCAGCUGGUACAAUGUCCACCCCAGCUCCAGGGACAGCCAUGCCAACCCAUGUCCCUAGGAUGGCCACGCCUGCGGUUCAGAACCCAGGUACCAUCACUCAACUGCUCACUCACAACAGCAAUGGGACAGUGGCAGCAGUCAAGAAACCCAGGAAGAAUGCAAGCACAUCUGCAGAUGGAGCUAUACCAGGGAUGAAGAAACCCAGAAAGAAGAAAGAACCUUCCACAACUUCUGGGAGAAAAAAGUCUGACAAAGCUGCAGACCUGUUUGAGUUUGCUGGUCAGGACGGGAGUUCCUCCAUGACCAAGACUGAGAGCGCCCAAGCCAUCAUCAACCAAGCCAUGGCCAGUAACUACACCCCCAACCGGACCGGUCCGCGCAUACUGAGUCCCUCCACAUUCCGUAACAACCCUUCCCUGAAAUCUGUGGUCCUGCCCCCAGGACUACUCAUCGAACCCGAGCCCGCAGCCACCAUACUGUCUGUUUCAACACCCCGCCCUCCUCGCGCCCAUGUCCGUAUGAAGAGGGUGUCCUCCCUUUCUGAUCGCAUUGGUGCCACAAAGAAGUCCAAGACAGACUUCUUAGAGCCAGAGCCCCCUAGUGCUAAGGAGGACCUGCCGACACCCAAAGACAUCUUUGCUGCUGUCUCCAGCAGGGCUGGGGGUGUUCGCAUUAAAACCCCAACGGUGAAAGGUGUGUUGGACCUGGACAAGCUAAAGGAGGAGCACUUGAGUGACUCUGAAUGCACAAGGCCAGGGCUUUGGGACCGCCUGUCGAUACCUCGAUUAGGGAUGGACACAGGUAAACAACAGAACUGGGAUGCAGUGGGCCGCAGUGCCCUGACUGACUGGAACAAAUACUCCGGUGCUGUAUCGUGCUCAGAUGAUGAGCUGCUGCCCUCAGACGAUGAGUGUCCCCCCAGCCGAGAUCAGCCCCACCUCCGUUUUGAGAUCAAAAGCGAUGACGGCUUCAGUGUGGAGGCAGACAGCGUAGAGGAGGCCUGGAGGGCAGUGAUAGACUGUGUCCAGGAGGCGCGGGCGGGGGCCAGGCUUCGGCAGCUGUCCUUCUCUGGGAUGACAGGUGCCCGUAUGCUGGGCCUGCUCCACGACACAGUGGUCUUCCUGGUGGAGCAGCUCCAGGGGGCCCGCCGCUGCCAUAGCCACGCCUUCCGCUUCUUUAAACAGAUCAGCCAAGAGGAGGACCUGCCUGUCAACCCCUCUGGAUGCGCCCGCUCUGAGGUCUACCUCAGGAAGACUACCUUCGACAUGUUCAACUUCCUGGCUUCCCAGCACCGCCAGCUGCCUGACAUCAACCCCUACGAUGAGGAAGAAGAUGAAGUCCCACUCAAAUCCACAAGACGUGCCACUAGCUUGGAGCUCCCCAUGGCCAUGCGCUUCAGACAUCUGGAGAGGACAUCUAAGGAGGCUGUAGGCGUGUACAGGUCUGCUAUCCACGGCCGAGGUCUGUUCUGCAAGAGGAACAUUGAUGCUCAGGAGAUGGUCAUCGAGUAUGCCGGCAUCGUCAUUCGCUCAGUGCUCACAGACAAGCGGGAGAAGUACUACGAUGGCAAGGGUAUUGGCUGCUACAUGUUCCGUAUCGAUGACUUUGACGUGGUGGACGCCACCAUGCACGGCAAUGCGGCGCGCUUCAUCAACCACUCGUGCGAGCCCAACUGCUACUCGCGCGUCAUCAACGUGGAGGGCCAGAAGCACAUCGUCAUCUUCGCCCUGCGCAAGAUCUACCGGGGCGAGGAGCUCACCUACGACUACAAGUUCCCCAUCGAAGACCCAGCAAGCAAGCUCAACUGCAACUGCGGGGCCCGGAAAUGCAGACGCUUCCUCAACUAGGGGCAGGGGGAGGACGUGGUACUGCCACAGUCUCUGCAGGGGGAACAAGGCACAAGGGAAGGGGGUGCGAGCAGAGGCAACAGGGGAAGACAGAGGUUAAAAUCCUUAAAUUAAGGUUUUUCUGGGUUGGGAGGUGGGUGAAGAGAAAAUACAGGAAAGGAUGAGCCACUACGAAGAGACUGGGAGAGGAACCAGGGCCAUGAGAUGGGGAGCAAGAGGGAAGAGGAGCGCCACACAGAGACAUGCAUCCAUAAGCUCACAUUGACUUCUAACUAAUAUGCACUUGCCAGAGGUUGGACAAGUUCACCACAGGAGAGGGUGGAAGUAGCUACCGUUAUAGUGUGGGUUUUUUCUUGAGAACAGGAACCCUGCAGACAUCUGUUGUGGUUAUGCUGGUUCUAUGUUGCAUGAAGGUAUUUUCCUUGACGCCAUAACGUCAAGUCCUUUCUGUUGAAAUAAGGGUGGACCAGAAAAGCUAGACUUUGGAGAUAUUCUUUCUUUUGUUGUCGGGUGGCGGGGGUAGAUUUUUAAUUUUGACACCCAUAAUCAUGUUGGCUCCAUGCUAUCUAGUUGAUCCCUUAGCCAUAUCUCCAUCUUUACUUGAUCCUGUAAUCAUAGUUUUAUUUAUUUGAAAUCAUAUUUCACAGUGCUCAUCAUGCGUCAGGUUGUACAUAUUUGCUUUCCGUUGACUGUUCAGAGAACCAUGGUGCUAGAUAUGAUGGGCAAUAGGCUUGGAGGCUCCUACGUCAGAGACCCUGCAAAUAAUACCUAUUUUUCUAUCCAUUCUCCACUCCCCUCACACAGACCGGGGAAGGGACCUCCAUUAUGUUCAGUUAAACGGUUAGAUAACGGUUAGUGUCACCCUUAUAGAGUUUGCUGCAGCUAAAUCAUAUCUUUAAGAACUUUCCCUUCACCAUUUUUGUAUGUUGCAAACACUACCCAAUCCAAGAGUGAAGAGUUUAGCUGGAAACCUCAGUGCAUCUUUUUUUAUUUUAAAAUAUAUUUUAUUACUAUCAUGGCAAAUGCUAAUUACCUUUGGCAAUAAUAUUAGGCCUACGACUUUGCUGCGUUACAGUUGCGCGUCUUUAGUGAACUAACAAAAUCCAGACUCCAUAUUUCUCAACAUUCAGUGGAGUUAACAAAGAACUGACUUCUCUCUCUGACAUUCUCCGCAAUCCACAAAUCCACAAAGGGUGUUCAUGUUACACCACUAAGAGAUGUGUUAUAAACUCUAUAUAUUCCCGACUGUGUGGACUGACAGCACCCCUGUGCACUGGAGAUCUCAAGCAUAGCAUUAGGCCAGUACUGUACUGUAUGUUGCUCCCUAGGAUGGCUUUAAGAGAGAAUCAUGUCUUGGUGUAAAACCAAGAUGGGGAGAGAAUGCACUCAGCACCUUAACGUUUGCUGUCGUACAACUUUAGACAUCGCUGUCAGUUCAGUCAGACAUAUUAGGACAUCAAAUGUACACAUUGUUCACAUCUUUACAGGGGGAGAAUGUUUGAGCUCUAGAAUAGUUGUAUUUAUUCAUGUUUCUGUUCCGAUUUUGGACUGGUGAAACUAGCUUUGCUUAGUGUAAAUGGUGGUGGUCUUGUGGGAAAUCUUCCUCCCCUCGUUUCCUCUUUUUGUUUACUUUGUUUCCUCUUUCUUUUAUUUGAACCUUGAUGUUUGAGGAAAGUUGUGUAUAACAUUUCAGUCUUUACACAAGACGUUGUUCUAAAGCAGGUCUUUUUUAAUGGUUUUUGAUUUUUAUUUCUUUGUUCUGGUAUAAUUUUCAUGGAGAAAGUACAGCAGGCCUUAUUAUCGGCAGGCCUUAUAACAGAAGAAUAGCAAGCAUUCGAGUCCAUGCUAUUCUUCCCAUCUGCGUGCCACAGAGAACCUUUCAAGCUAGAGAUAAUAAUCUAAAGGAAAUGAGCACUGUCCUUUUGGAAUUUAAUACACAGUAAGGAAGAGCUUAAGCCCGCCUGCCUGCGCGACCAAUCAGUGAGAUGGAGCCUGUAUUCCCAUGUGUCAAUCAUCUAACACCCUUAGCAGAGUUUGCCAUUAACAGGAUGCAUCUGGUUUUCAGGGAUACGGCUAUCCUUUACCUAGCUUCCUUUUCUGCUUAAAACCGGAUGUGGGAACACUUCUCAGAGGAGAAGGUUUCUCUAUGCCCACUCCACUCCCCAACCUUUUGCCAGGAUUCUACCUCAGUAGUUCUGACAGAUGUUAAAGAAUACUAAUGCAAAAAAGAGGAUGAUGAUGAUAAUAAGAGUAACGUGGUUUUAAUGUCCUGCAGAGCUGGCCUGUGUGUUCGAUGAAGCAUACAAAGCACUAGUUGUAAAACCUGAAGUUACCAUGACGAUCUCUCCCAGAACUGGUUCAGAAAGCUGUAUGUUCUAUAUGGUAGGGUUAUUUUAAAGUAUAACAAAGUGUAAAAGACAUAAGAAAAUGUGUGAACUUGUCUUUGUUACCUUGUACAAAUAAACCCUGAGUUUGUAAAUAAUUGUAUACAUAUUUCUAAACCCGUUUAAUUUUUCUAUGCACUUUUUUUAUUUAUAAUGUUAUUUGCUUAAUAAAGAUGUUAAGAUGUUUGAACAAA